AUGCCGUGCGUGGAUGUCGCCGAUGCCACGGUCAUGCUUGGACGUCAGACACUCGAACGGGCGAUGCAACUUAUUAACGGUCACCCAAACUGGAACGCGGAGGUGGUGUACGGCGACACCGACUCUCUGUUUGUGCGGUUACCUGGCAGGACAAGGGAUGAGGCCUUUCUGCUUGGUGAGCAGAUGGCGAGGGAGGUGACUCGCAUCUAUCCCGCACCGAUUCAGCUCCAGUUUGAGAAGGUGCUUUUUCCUUGUCUGUUGCUUGUGAAAAAACGUUACGUGGGGUACGCGUAUUUUAAUCCAGAGCAAACGCAGCCUGAGUUCCUUGCGAAGGGUAUUGAGACUGUACGCAGGGAUCAAUGCCCUGCAACAUCCCGUCUUGCGGAACGUAUGCUUCGUCUCCUUUUUGAUGGUGCAUCCACGGACGUGCUGCGUAUGCGGUUCUACGAGGAAGUUGGAAAACUGCAGCGUGGAGGGUGUAAUCCGGCUGACUGCAUCUUUAGAAAGGCGGUGAAGCUUGGUCGUUACCGCGGCACUGCACAUUUGCCACCCGGAGCGCAUCUUGCCAUGCAGUUAAUAGAAAAGGAUAUCACACACACGCCGUAUUGGGGCGAGCGCAUGCCCUACAUUGUGGUUCAGUCGCUGACGUCUGCCCGACUGUGCGAUAAGGUGGUACACCCACAACGCCUACUGAAUUUGAGGGAAAACCUGCGCAUUGACCACGAAUACUACAUCAAACGUCAUAUUAUUCCCACGCUGGAUCGUAUGUUUUACCUAAUCGGCGUGAGCUUUGCGAGCUGGUAUGCGGUUAUGCCAAGGCGGCGGUCGUAUCAGAGCUACUUUGAGCUUGGCUUGACAACGCUUCCGCUCUUGGGCAGAAAAACGACGCGGAUACCGCGUGAUUCCAUCGUGGUGGAGGGCAACACAGACGACGACAUGGACCACAAGGGUGCAUCGUUGCCUGUGGCUACUCGGGUGCAUCCUGCGAAGCAAGGGACACUGGAUGUACACUACCAGCAGACGUUGUGCGCUGUGUGUCUUGGUAAGUGCUCGAAAACAAAUCCACCAGAUCUACCCGUUUGUGGCGUUUGUUUGCACAAUCACGGGGCAUCGGUUGCGCGCGUGGUAGGGCGCCGGCACACUGUGGAGCAGCAUUUGCGAUUACUGGAGACCGCGUGUCGACGUUGCAUUGCAUCGUGCGGGGAGGCGGGCGGAACAAACUUCUUGGCGGGGGAAGAGCGAGACAUGGAGGAUAUGCAUUUUGUCAUUCCCCAUAGGCUUGCUGCCGCUGCUUCUGCUGCCGUGCAUGGAGAGAAGUCGAGGGGGUGUCUUUCCAUUGACUGUUCCUUGACCUUUGAGAAGUGUCAGGUGUUCCUCCUUCACUCGCAGCUGAUGGCGUUGGAGAAUUACUUGACGGGGCUGUGA